CUUCUGUUAACAGCUUUACUGUGGCGUUCACUGACUAGGCCACCAACAGCGUUUUACUGUCUGUCUACUGACUUUCCUUAUUCGGUGGUUGAAUGUCUGACAGCACUUCAACAGGUGUGUUUCACAGAAAUCACAUGACACAUGGCAGACACGCCCUCAGGACAGAGGUGAUAAAAGCAGGAAACCAGGAAGCAGCAGCUUCAGUGAGGACGAGCAGCUCGACCAUUAGCAGCUCAGCCGUCAUGGAUACUUCAACAUCUGUAUUAUCCAGGGCGGUCCUCACCAGUCUGAUCAUUUCAGUCCUGACGUCGGCCUCGGAAGACCAUCAAGACGUCAAAGUGCGUCCUGGACAGAACGCUGCGCUUCAGUGUCAGGGUCCAGACGGUACCAUCAGACUGUUACAGUGGAGCAGACCUGACCUAAAGUCUGGCGGUUACGUCUUCUUCUACCGUGACAAGCGCUCAGUUCAGUCCUUCCAGCAUCCGUCUUUCCAUCGUCGAGUGCAGCUGAUGGAUCCAGAGAUGAAGAACGGAAAUGCAUCUGUGAUUCUGAAGAACGUCACCAUCAGCGACACCGGAACAUACGAGUGUCUUCUUUCAGUGAACAGCAAAGGACACAGAAAGAGAGCCACACCUGAGACCAUGAACACCAUCGUCCUGAAGGUCGAAGACUCGGGUCACACGGCUGGAAACACAGACGAUGGAAAAGACAUGCGUGGACGUUUUAUAAUCAUUCUGCCAGUAGCUGGUCUGAUUAUUGUUCUUCUUGUUCUCAUGAUCUUCAAGAAAUCUAGAGGACAUUUGGAGAAUAAUUCAGACCUGCCUGCUGUUACAUAAAAAAAAAAAAAGACAAAAAAAAAACCCUUCAUCCUCCUCCUGGAAUUGCCACCUUAUCGUGGUGGAGGGGUUUGUGUGCUCAGAGGAUCCUGGGAGCUGUUCUGUCUGGAGCUUUCAGCUCCUCGCAGGGUUUCCCUUCGGCAGCUUGGUCCCAGGUGAUGAGUCAGACGAAGAGCAAUUCAGAAGACUGAAAGCUCAGGGUGGAGGCUCUCCCCCUGCAGCUGACACAGAUCACAUGUUAGUGAGUUCACCCUUCAUCCUUUUCUGACACUGUGGAAGUUUUGUAUCUGACAAUAAAGUUGAGAAUGAA